AGUAAUAUAUGAUGUUUUUAUACACAAAAGCAAUUUUUUCUCUCAUGUACCUUAGUUUCUAUCUCCCAUUUUUACACUUUCUGAGAUUCUUUAGCAUUUGGAGACUUCAUCCAUGCAUCAGAUCCCCAGAUCAAAGGCAAUUUUUGUUGCUGCAGGAUAAUCUGUUUUCAUAAUAGAUGAAAUUCUUCAUGGCAACCAAGUUUAUCUGAAUUUUAAUCUUUCUAGAACCUUUUUUUCAUCCAAUGAGAACAUCCAAAUUUCCAUGUAGGGGAUUAGAUUACCGUCUAUAUCUUCUGAUUUUUGUUGUGUGUCUGGUGUUGUAUGGAACAGUUUCAAGAUUGAAUACUGCAAAUGUUUCUCAUGCCACAGUGUCUGAGUUAAGGCACUUCAAUCCUAAGCAUGUUGUAUCAAAAGGAAAAGGGUACCCUCCUGUGCUUGCAUAUUGGAUUCUUGGCACCAAAGGAGAUAGUAAGAAGAUGCUGAGGCUGUUGAAGGCUGUGUACCAUCCAAGAAACCAGUACCUGCUUCAGCUUGAUGAUCGUUCCUCUCAGUCUGAGAGAAUGGAUUUAGCCAUUUCAGUCAAGUCAUUUAAGGUGUUUGAUGAAUUUGGAAAUGUGAAUGUCAUUGGGAAAAGUUAUGCCAUAAAUAAGAUGGGAUCUUCUGCUCUCUCAGCUCCUCUGCAUGCUGCUGCAUUGCUUCUUAAACUGAACUCAGAAUGGGACUGGUUCAUCACAUUAAGUGCUUCAGAUUAUCCUCUCAUGACUCAGGAUGAUAUCCUUCAUGCUUUCACAUUCUUGCCGAGAUAUGUCAACUUCAUUCAUUACACUAACAAGACAAUUCGGAACGAGCAACGAGAUAUUAAUCAAAUUGUGGUAGACCAAAGUUUGCAUUAUGAAAAGGAUAGUCCACUUUUUUUUGCUGUGGAAUCAAGAGAUACCCCAGAUGCUUUUAAGCUAUUUCGAGGCUCACCCUGGAUGGUUCUUACAAGAGCCUUCAUGGAGUACUGUGUCACAGGGUGGGACAAUCUACCAAGAAAACUUCUAAUGUUCUUCACCAAUGUGGCUUACCCUGUGGAAUCAUAUUUCCACACAGUGUUGUGUAACUCCAAACAGUUCCAAAACACCACUGUGGACAAUAAUCUAAUGUACAGUCUUUGGGACACUGAUCCAUCUGAAUCCCAAUUUCUUGAUAUGUCACAUUAUGAUACAAUGCUGGAAACUGGUGCUGCAUUUGCUCGUCCAUUUGGCGAAGGUGAUGUGGUUCUGGAGAAAAUUGAUGAUUUGAUCCUUAACAGAUCAUCCAAUGGGUUGGUUCAAGGAGAGUGGUGUUCAAACUCAGAAACAAAUAAGACCACAGAGGUUUCAGAAUCUGAGGAAGAAGAACAAGAAGAAGAGUUUUUGUGCUCAGAAUCUGGUAAUGUUGAUGUUGUAAAGCCAGGGCCAUUUGGCAUCAAGCUUAAGAUUCUGCUAGCUGAAAUUGUGAACAAAAGAAAAUUCAUACCAAACCAGUGCAAAUCCUUUGAAAGGUGGUGAAAAAUGGAAUGUUGUGUUGCCAAAACCACUUUGAAAUUGGAUCCUUUUAGACAUUGAAACUGAAUCAGACAUUGAAACUUGGUGCUGCUAUUUAGUCCUCAGAGUUUGGAACAGAAGAUUCAAGAUUGUGUCUGCUGAAAGCUGAGUUUGAUUCCAUUUCUCUAUACCCAGAACAGUUUUCUCUGUUAAGAUGUAAUUUUUCUCAUUUUGGUAACUUUUUUUCAUGAAUUUUUCUAGGAUUGGCUUGGUGGGUCAUUUGUAGUUUAUCCCUUUAUGCUCACAGAGAAACAAUUGAAGUAAUCACACUCUUAGAACAUAGUAAAUGAAUUGUAUAAA